AUGCUUAGCAAGGUCUAUUACGUCCUAGUAGUGAUCUCAACAAAAUACUCUUUACGAGUCUCUAUGAGGGUCAUGUACACAUCGGAGAAUGCCAUGCAAGAUCUGUCUUUUUUGCUAAUGACAGCAACCAGAGAAGUGGAAUGGUCCGCAUAUCGAGAAGCCAGUUGGCUUACCACUAGUGGGUUUCUUUGGCGACAUGGCAGUCAGAGUUUACCUAGUGUAUACCAGUUGAUAGGAUCGUAUCUCAUUUCCCUCACAAUAUCUAAUAUCAUAUCACGUCUUACUAUUCCCAACCCGACAUCAGCUCAACAAACGAACUCAUUCAUAAUGCUAGGCGAACUACCUGGUGAGGUCCUGCAGUGCAUCGCAGACUGCCUAAAUACCGCAAAAGAUCGGAACAACCUUGCAAAAACAAGUCGGCGGCUCUAUCGAUGCACCAACACCUUGCUUUAUCAGUGGGAUAUGUAUUAUCGUAUGGGUUACGCAAUAAAAUGGGCUGCGGAGAAUGAACGAGAGACAACAGCCCGAUUGUCACUAGCGAUAGCUCGCACGCCAGAAUCAUUGGAUGUUGCGGGAUUCGCUCUAUUGCUAGCAACUAAGCUGAGACAUGAGGCUGUGAUCAGAAUCAUACUAUCUACGAAGGGAGUCAACCUUAACUUUAGUGUGCAUGGGAGGACCCCGCUUUGGCACGCAGCGGCAAACGGAUAUGAAGGGAUUGUGAAAAUGCUACUCAACAUGAAGGAUGUCAACCCCGACGAGCAGGACCAUUGGGGUGGAACACCAUUAUGCAUUGCAGCACAAUACGGGCAUCUAGAGGUAGUCAAGUUGUUGCUUGCCACCAAGCGGGUGAAUCCAGGUCAUCGAGACAGCUGGGGAGACACCCCGGCCAUCAGAGCAGCAGCAGGAAGGUAUGAGAAAAUAGUGAUGUUAUUACUCAAUACUGAAGGUGUCGAUCCUCAUUCCCAGAAUAGUCAUGGCUGGACCAUCCUGUCAUGGGCGAUAAUACGUGGUCUGCAACAGGUAGUCGAAUUCCUGCUUGCUACCCAGGGAAUUGACCCAGAUCUUAGAGACUCUGACGGAUUUACUCCAUUGUCCAGAGCAGCAGGGGCUGGAAGAAAGCAAGUAGUUUCACUACUGCUCGGCACGGGAAAGGUGAACCCCAAUUCUCUAGCGAAUUCCCGAGAGACACCGCUGUCCAUCUCCGCAAACUAUGGCUAUGCGGCAAUCGUCAAGAUGCUUAUUACCGCAGGUGCAAAUAUCCAUACUCGAGACGAAAUGGGAGCGACGGCACUCAUGUAUGGCGCGAAAUCUGGAAAUCUGGAACUCGUCGAAGCGCUUCUUGCUGCAGGUGCAGGCAUUCACAUCCGAGAUAAUGACGGUGCAACUGCCCUCAUAUAUGCUGCGGAAUACGGAAAGCUCAAAAUUGUUGAAACACUUCUGGCUAUAGGUGCAGAUGUUCACAUUGCAGAUAACUUUGGAGAGACAGUACUCAUACACGCUGUUGGAUCCGGAAAUGCGAAAGUGGUUGAAGCGCUUGUUGCUGCAGGCGCAGAAAUCAAUAUGGGAGAUAACUGGGGACAAACACCACUUUUUCACUCUGUACUGCAUAGAGGCUUGGAGGUUCUUAGCUUCCUUAUUGCUAAAGGUGCAGAUCUUGACGUCCAAACUACUGAUGGGACGACAGCACUCACUCAGGCUUCGAAUUAUGGAUAUGAUGUGAAAAUAGUCAAAGCGCUUAUUGCUGCAGGAGCAGGACUUGACAUCAGAGACAACAGCAGUGAUGGAUAUGGAGGCACACCCCUUUUGAAUGCGGUUAAUUGUAAGGCGGAAGUAGUGGUUGAAGCUCUACUUUCUGCAGGCGCCAUGCCUGAUAUCGGGAAUGGCCGAGGACAGACCCCCCUUGCGAGGGCAGCCGUGGAGGGACAUCCGAAGAUAUUUAGGCUUCUAUUAGAAGCAGGAGCAAAUCCACACAUUGCCGAUCGUGAAGGAUGGACUCCGUUGGCAUACCUAUCACGAGUUCGUCAGGACAAUGUCCAACACCUCAAAUUACUUCUUGCUGCGGGUGUGAAUGUUAAUGUCAAAACCCAGGAUGGAUGGACGCCAUUGGCGCUAGCAGCUAACUGCGGUAGUCUGGAGGCGGUGAAGAUUUUACUUGCAGCGGGGGCAGACCCAAACUCUGGAACACCCCUAACAAAAGCAGCGUUUCACGAACACCUGGAGAUUGUGAAAACACUUCUUGCCGCAGAAGGCAUCGAUACGGAUUUGAAGGGUAGUGACUGGCUGCCAGCGCUGUGGAUAGACAGACAGCCGGGCUAUUCAAGAGCGGCGGACUUGAUACAUCAGCACAGAAUGCUUAAAAUAUGGUUUAAAAAAAUGAUGGGUGGGUGUAAUCCUUAA